AUGCUUCUCAAGAACUUCGUUCUCCUCCUCUCGGCUGAGCUCGCUGCUGCCGCUGCAUUCGGUCCUCCCAGGGACUACUCUCCCGAGGUGAUUAACCUUGAAGCUACCGAGCUCCAGCGCCGCGCCGCCUGCGCCGCCGCCGGCGUCGUCAACGGCCAGUGCGGCCGUUUCUACCGCGGCACGGGCUGCAACGACCAGAUCGGUGCCAACGGCCCUGGUAGAUGCAGCGGAACGUGCUGGAGUUCCUCCGACGCCAUCGCCAGCAUCAGGGCUGUUGGCGACGGGACCUACGGCACCAACUGUCACUUGUACUACGACUCCAACUGUCAGAGCCAGAUUGGAGAGACGGGCAACGCCAUCACUGGAGGAGGAAAGUGUUACACGCCUUCGGAUGGCAGGACUGGACACAGCUACUUGUGCUGGUACAGGUGCUAA